GCUCCGCUAAGGCAGCUAAUUGGUCAGUGCGUGGAGGCGGCGGCGGCGUGCGCGACUGGCACCUUGGUACGAGAAGAUGGAAGAACUGAGUCAAGCCCUAGCUGGUAGCUUUUCUGUGUCUCAAGAACUGAAUAGCACAGCUGCCCCACACCCUCGCCUAUCGCAAUACAAGUCCAAGUACAGUUCCUUGGAGCAAAGUGAGCGGCGCCGCCAGUUGCUGGAACUACAGAAAUCCAAGCGGUUGGAUUAUGUGAACCAUGCCAGAAGACUGGCUGAAGAUGACUGGACAGGGAUGGAAAGUGGGGAAGAAGAUAAGAAAGAUGAAGAAGAAAUGGACAUUGACCCUGGCAAGAAGUUACCAAAACGCUAUGCUAAUCAAUUGAUGCUUUCUGAGUGGUUAAUUGACGUCCCUUCAGAUUUGGGGCAAGAAUGGAUUGUGGUUGUGUGUCCUGUUGGGAAAAGAGCCCUUAUCGUGGCCUCCAGGGGUUCAACCAGUGCCUACACUAAGAGCGGCUACUGUGUCAAUAGGUUUUCUUCCCUUCUGCCAGGAGGCAACAGGAGAAACUCAACAACAGCCAAAGACUACACCAUUCUGGACUGCAUUUACAGUGAGGUGAACCAGACCUACUAUGUCUUGGAUGUGAUGUGCUGGAGGGGACACCCUUUUUAUGACUGUCAGACUGAUUUCCGAUUCUACUGGAUGCACUCAAAGUUACCAGAAGAAGAAGGACUUGGAGAGAAAACCAAGAUUAAUCCUUUUAAAUUUGUGGGGCUAAAGAAUUUCCCGUGUACCCCUGAGAGCCUGUGUAAGGUGCUGUCUAUGGAUUUCCCUUUUGAGGUAGAUGGACUUCUUUUCUACCAUAAACAGACCCACUAUAGCCCUGGGAGUACUCCCUUGGUGGGCUGGCUGCGCCCCUACAUGGUGUCAGAUAUUCUCGGUGUAGCCGUGCCAGCUGGCCCACUGACCACCAAGCCAGAAUAUGCUGGGCACCAGCUCCAACAGAUUAUUGAGCACAAGAAGAGCCAGGAGGACAUGAAGGAUAAACUCACACACAAGGCUUCUGAGAAUGGGCACUAUGAGCUGGAGCACCUCUCUACUCCGAAGUUGAAGAGUCCUUCCCACAGCCCUGAGAACCUCAUGGACAACUAAAAAGAACAGCCCACAAAAGUCUGGGGAAGAGGACAGUGUUGAUAGCAAUAGGUGACCUUACUUCAGAGUGCACUUUGCAAACCCACCUCACUGGAAACAGCUCAACACUCCUGUCUGGAAUGUUGGCUCAGACUUUGUGGGGUGGGUCCCUAUUGGAUGGAGUUGGAAUCCAGGUAGAUUUGAAUCUCUUUGCUGUGUGCAUAUAUCCCAGGUCCACAAUGUAAAUAUAUGCGAUUCUUAAGAAAAAGGUUGCUUGUGAUUAUUAAGAUUUAGAUAUCUCUUCCACCUUCCCCUUACUUCCUUACUUAUGGCAUGACUGUUCAAAUCUUGGCCCAUUUCACCCCUUUUAGCACUUGAACAUUCUGCUGAGUUUCCAGUUGCUGUUGGUAAUGCCAUUUUCUGAAAGGUCUUACCAGGAACUGCAGUUCUUGGUAUUUGAAUAUGUUCCUUCUUCUGAGAAAACCAGUGUGAUUUUUCUACGGUUUAGACCUUCCCAGAGAUAAAAUGCUAAUGGGUUCAUUUACUUCAAGAAAUUUUAGAGCCCCUAUCAGGAGAUAAACCUCAUGCUGCGCCUCUGAGAUGUGGGUUAUAGAGGUAGACAAGACCUUGAGGGUUGUGCUCUCCAGUGAGAAAUAACCCCACAGUGUGUAGAGCAGGGUGAAAUAAUUGCUUUAGUGCAAGAAGGGUACCUAGAGUUUAGGGGCAAAGGAAGAGCAGAUUUCACAGAGGAGGGUGGAGCUGGGCUAAGGCAGACCAGGAAGAAAGCAGGUCCUCAGAGUUAGAUGUUAAGGAGCAGCAUUCCCCUAGAGCAGGGUGGGACUUGAUGGAGAAUCAAGCAGGUUCAGCAUGGCUCAAGUACAAGAUAGAAGUGGAGAGUUAGGGAGAGGAGGCUGGAAGACAGAGGGAGCUUAGAUUUUGUCCUAGUCAGGGAGGUAAGGAAAAGCCCUGGUGCAAGAUUCCUUCAGAAGCAAAGCUCCUCUUCAGCUAUGAAAGUAGAAGAUGGUGUUUAGAAUUAACCAGUUAGUUUUCACUCCGUUCAGAAAGUAUAUUCCAGGUCCUGUGGCCCCACUCUGCUUUCCACUUUGUUAGGACCUCACUUUUUUGUUUGUUUUUCGAGAAAGGGUUUCUC